AGAGAGAGAGCGAAGGAUGGAGGGAGAGAGAAAGCGCAAAGGAUAGAGUGAGAGAGAGACAGUGAGGAGGCAGUGUUUCCCCUAGGAUUUUUAUUUUCAGCAGCGGCGGCAAAUGUACAGGAUUUUUUAUUUUAUGAAAUGACUGAGAGGGUCACUUCUGGUGACUUUUUAAAAAGACAUUCUCCUCCAAAAUGCAGAAAUCUCAUUAUGUUGACACCAUCUGAAAUAUAACUGAUGAGCACCACUGGACUGCAGGGUGAUGAGGUGGCUGUACUCUCCUGGUUCUCAUUCACACCACUGGACUGUAGGGUGAUGAUGAGGUGGCUGUACUCUCCUGGUUCUCAUUCACACCACUGGACUGUAGGGUGAUGAUGAGGUGGCUGUUGGCUCAUGGCCUGGUCUGUUUGUUACAAAUAUAAGUUGUAACUUGUCACUCUGAUCUUAAAGGGAUAGUGUGAGAUUUUGACAAUUAAGCCCUUUUUCUAACUACCCAAAGUCAAAUGAACUAUUUUGGAUGUCUUUGCAUGCAGUUUGAAUUGAAGUUGAAGUUAGUUUUGCGAGCCUUUAUUAUCUAGCGUUUGCUCAAUGACAGGAAGUCUACGGGGAACAGCGUACUAGUUAGCAAUUGCAGUAACGCUAGUCCGUAACUUCCAUAAUUUGCAAAAUCUCGCACUGUCCAUUUAAAAGCGCAUCUCUGCAGAAAUAUGUGGGCCACCACUGCUAAAUGAAUAUAGGGGAAAUGCUGCAGGAAGAGAGAGAACCAACAAGUCCCAUAGCAGACAGGGGUUCAGCCAAUUGAAAGGUCAUGCUUUUAUUGGAGUCUCAGACCAGACAGGGGUUCAGCCAAUGAAAAGUCAUGCUUUUAUACGAGUCUCAGACCAGACAGGGUUCAGCCAAUGAAAGGUCAUGCUUUUAUAGGAGUCAAUGAGAGUUCUAUUGGCGUAGUAACGGGAUACAGAAUCAAUUACUAUGUGAUAUUAUGAGAACAAGAUUUGGUGUUUUCCUGCACUAUUACUUAGACUUGAUGAUGGUAGAAUGUUGUGAUUAGAGGGAAGGAGGGUAUAGCUUUAAAUAUGACAAGAGGAAAAACGUACCAGCUGUAGUCAGGAAAUGACACAGAGACAGAGACAGCUGCCACCCCACAGACAGACUGACUGACUGAUGUGGGUAGAUUUUGGCAUUAGCGGGUUGUGGGGAACAUCUAAUACGAACCAUGCUAGCACGGGAGUGUUCUUCUGCCAUGCAGUGUGAAGAUGCUCACCAGGCGCUGCUGGAGGCUAUGCAGAACAAGUUCAUCAGUUCCCCGUUCCUGGCCAGUGAGGACUGUGUCCUUGGAGGGGUCAUUGUCCUGAGGUGCUGCAGGUAUUCCGACGCCCAACCCUCUGCUGAUAUCCAGGCUAUACUGGUUGAGUUCCUGUGGAGUCACACUACAGAAAGUAUGUGUGUAGGCUACAUGUCUGCCCAGGAUGGGAAAGCCAAGACUCACAUAUCCCGCCUGCCUCCCGGGGCUGUAGCAGGACAGUCGUUGGCCAUAGAGGGGGGAGUGUGUCGACUGGUCAGUACCGUUACAACAGUCGACUGAGUCACACCCACUUCCCUGCAAGACCACACCCAUUACCCAAUGGGCCACACCCCCUCCUCAAAGCCGCCUUCAGCAAUACUCAAAUGUAACCUCUACGCCCCACCUCCCCCUCCUCUACCCCCACCUCCCCCUCCUCUACCCCCACACAGCAGUAAUACGUUUGAGCUGUUUUAACAGGUGUCAGAAAGAGAGAGCGAGAGGGAAGUAGGGAGAGGGAGGGAGGGGGAAAGAUAGAGAGAGGGGGGGAGAGCGAGAGGAUGGGGGGGAGGUGUUAGCUUUUGCUUCCAGCACUACAGAACUAUCCCUAUAGCCACUGUCUGCUUCCAGCAUGUACUGUAUGCCAUGCCAACUUUACCUUAACGCUCCCAGCCUACAAUAUCAGAAUCCGCAUACCAACACCUCGCCUCCAGUCUCUCCCCUGAACUAGACUUCAUGGCACGUCAUUGCUUUGUUUAAUUCAGUUUUUUCUUACUUUUUUUUUAAAACUAAAGGCACCGUCCUCCUAAUGUAUAUAAUCUAGGAAAACAGGGUGAACAAUAUUCAUUUCUAUUGUACAUUUUUCUUAGUUUUUAAUACUUGAGAUUUAUUAUGGUUAUUAUUGCAAACGUUCAAGUGCUGCUGCACCUUGAAUGCAAAAAAACCAAAACAACAACAUUGGUUUGUGUAAUUUGGAAACAUGUUGAGUUGUGAAGGUUCUUAGGAACGCACGUUACUUGACAGCUUCUGUAGUGUCGCAGGAGUAUGUUACAGAUAGGCUCCUAAACGUGUGUAAUAUUGUGUCUGGGAGCAGUUGCAUAUAGCUGGGAGAAUUUUGUACGUAAGAGUUGAGAAAUAUUAUAUUUAACGAUAAAAGCAAACCAUUGGGAUCACUUUUCAAGAAGCUAAGUUUACUCAUGUACAGGUGAACUGCUUAGUUAAAACCUAGAAUCAUCAAACCUGAUUGGACUGUAAAACUAAGCACCAUCAAAUCUGAUUGGACUGUAAAACUAAGCAUCAUCAAAUCUGAUUGGACCGUAUCUGUAGCGUAGAGAAUCCUUCUAUGGUCCAUAGCCUUAGUAUGCUGCCACUCCACCAAAAUGUAUGAAAAUCGCAAAAAGAGAAAUUAAAGCUAGAAUCCUUAGUUGCUACAUCCAUUUUUGGACUUACAAAUGAAUGGUACAUUGCCUUCAAAAAGUAGUGUUUUUACACCCCUUGACUUUUUACAUGUUUUGUUGCAGCCUGAAUUUUAAAUGGUUUAAAUUGAGAUGCUGUGUCACUGGCCUACACACAAUACCCCAUUAUAUCAAAGUGAAAUUAUGUUUUUAAAAAUGUUUAUAAGUUCAUUAAAAAUGAAAAGCUGAAAUGUCUUGAGUCAAUAAAUGUUCAACCCCUUUGUUAUGGCAAACCUAAAUAAUUUCAAAAAUGUGCUUAACAAUUUACAUAAUAAGUUGCAUGGCCUAAUUGUAAAGAAAUAAAAUGAAAAGCUUUGAGCUGGUGAAGUUAUUAAUUACACAUUGGAUGGUGUAUCAAUACACCUAGUCACUACAAAGAUACAGACACAAGAAGGAAACCACUCAGGGAUUUCACCAUGAGGCCAAUGGUGACUUUAAAACAGUUACAGAGUUUAAUUGCUGUGAUAGGAGAAUACUGAGGAUGGAUCAACAACAUUGUAGUUACUCCACAAUACUAACCUAAUUGACAGAGUGAAAAGUAGGAAGCCUGUACAGUAUAAAAAUAUUCCAAAACAUGCAUCCUGUUUGCAAUAAGGCAUUAAAUUAAAACUGCAAAAAAAUGUGGCAAAGAAAUUAACUUUGUCCUGAAUACAAAGUGUUAUGUUUGGGGCAAAUCUUCAUAUUGUCAAGCAUGGUGGUGGCUGCAUCAUGUUAUGGGUAUGCUUGUCAUCGGCAAGGACUAGAGAGGUUUUGGAUAAGAAGAAACGGAAUAGAGCUAAGCACAGGCAUAACCCUAGAGGAAAACCUGGUUCGUUCUUCUUUCCAACAUACACUGGGAAAUGAAUUCACCUUUCAGCAGGACAAUAACAUAAAACAUAAGGCCAAAUCUACACUGGAGUUGCAUACCAAGAAGACAGUGAAUGUUCCUGAGUGGCUGAGUUACAUUUUUGUUUUGACUUAAAUCUACUUGAAAAUCUAUGGCAAGACCUGAAGAUGGUUGUCUAGCAAUGAUUAACAACCAAUUUGACAGAGAAUUUUGAAAAUAAUAAAUGGGUAACUUUUGCACAAUCCAGGUGUGCAAAGCUCUUAGAGACUCAGCCAGAAAGACUCACAGCUCGUAGAGACUUACCCAGAAAGACUCACAGCUCGUAGAGACUUACCCAGAAAGACUCACAGCUCUUAGAGACUUACCCAGAAAGACUCACAGCUGUAAUCGCUGCCAAAAGUGAUUCUAAUAUGUAUUGACUCAGGGGUGUGUAUACUUAUGUAAAUUAGAUUUUUCUGUAUUUCAUUUUCAAUAAAUGUGCAAACAUUUAAAAAAAAAAAUCUUUAUGGGGUAUUGUGUUUAGAUGGGUGAGAAAUUAUAUAUUUAAUCAAUUUGAAUUCAGGCUGCAACAUAACAAAAUGUGGAAUAAGUCAAGGGGUAUAAAUACCUUCUGAAGGUACUGAUUUUUGAAGAAUAGAAAUGCUUCAUCAACUUAGAUUGUAGCUUUAAAAAGCUGUAAUAAAAAAAAUGUGAAAAAAACUGCAUGUACAAGAACCUCUAACUACGUGUGUACGUAGGGUCUUCUUGAUGACCUGUCGAUAUACAGGUGUUUCAAUAUGUCAUGUUUUCAGUACUGAAGCUGCAUAGGGUUCAGGGCAUGUAUAUAACUUGACCCCAUCACCACCACCACCAAACCAGACUGUUAAGUAAGUCACCAUCUAAGAAAACAACACUUUAUAUUUGUAAAGUCACAUGACAAGACAUCUGUAUUUUGUAGUUUGAGAGAUAAUUAAGACGUGAUUUGAUGUGCAUUUGUAAUGCCAAUGAAAAAUGGUGCUAUUAAGGUCGGAGUAAACUACUGUAUUUGACAAUAUGAAAAGGAGAAACAAAGGGUUCUAUUAUUACUGAGGGCUUUUCAUAGGAUAAUCCAAAUGGAAAAGGUGGAUAUUCUUUACUAUCUUAGUUAGUUUUUUGACUCUCUUGCUUUAUUUCGUUAUAAUUACAGUACACGUUUGAUUCAAUGGUCCCAACAAAUACAGCUUAAAUGUAUUAUUACUUGAAACUGUAAUGAAAUGUUAUAAGCUAUUAUUAAUAUUACUCUGCUUUCUGCAAUGCUCUGUAAGAAAUAAAUAUCCCGUUGCUGA